AUGGCACCGAAGAAGAUUGAACCGAAGAAACCUGAGCCCAAAAAGCCAGAGCCUAAGAAAGAUGCGGCUCCAGCUGCUAAGCCGGUUUCACCUCCACAGCCACUGCCUGAGCCGCCCAAGGAGCCUGCAUUCGAUCCCAAGAGCAUCACUCUUGAGUACACUGCCGACCAGAUAGAUGAGUUCAAAGAGGCUUUCACCUUGUUCGACCGCACACCAACUGGAGAAAUGAAGAUCACAUAUGGCCAGUGCGGAGACGUGAUGCGAGCCCUGGGCCAGAACCCUACCAAUGCAGACGUGCUCAAAGUGCUCGGCAAGCCGCGGCCAGAGGACAUGAGCAGUAAAAUGGUGGAUUUUGAGACCUUCUUGCCAAUGCUGCAACAUAUCUCCCGCGUCAAAGAUCAAGGCAACUUUGAGGAUUUUGUGGAGGGGCUCAGGGUUUUCGACAAGGAAGGCAAUGGCACCAUCAUGGGAGCAGAGCUUCGUCAUGUGCUGGCCACACUGGGAGAGAGGAUGACAGAAGACGAGGUGGACAGACUGAUGGCCGGACAGGAGGAUGCCAACGGGUGUAUCAACUAUGCCUCCUUUGUAAAGCAUAUUCUCUCUGGAUGA